AUGAACCCUCUGGACAGGACCCUUCUGGACAUGAACCCUCUGGACAGGACCCCUCUGGACAGAAACCCUCUGGAUGUGAACUCUCUGGACAGGAACCCUCUGGAUGUGAACCCUCUGGACAUGAACCCUCUGGACAGGACCCCUCUGGACAGGAACCCUCUGGAAAGGUCCCCUCUGGACAGGAACCCUCUGGAUGUGAACCCUCUGGACAGGACCCCUCUGGACAGAAACCCUCUGGAUGUGAACCCUCUGGACAGGAACCCUCUGGACAGAAACCCUCUGGACAGGAACCCUCUGGAAAGGUCCCCUCUGGACAGGAACCCUCUGGACGUGAACCCUCUGGACAUGAACUCUCUGGACAGGACCCUUCUGGACAUGAACCCUCUGGACAGGACCCCUCUGGACAGAAACCCUCUGGAUGUGAACUCUCUGGACAGGAACCCUCUGGAUGUGAACCCUCUGGACAUGAACCCUCUGGACAGGACCCCUCUGGACAGGAACCCUCUGGAAAGGUCCCCUCUGGACAGGAACCCUCUGGACGUGAACCCUCUGGACAUGAACUCUCUGGACGUGAACCCUCUGGACAGGACCCCUCUGGACAGGAUCCCUCUGGACAGGAUCCCUCUGGACAUGAACCCUCUGGACAGGACCCCUCUGGACGUGAAGGGGGAAAAUCACGUUUAA